GGUACGCCGGUACAUAGUGCACACGUAGUUCGUUUCGACGUGGCAUUGCAGUGGAGGUUGAACAGUCAAUGUUUCUGAAUUUACAUAUUCCUAGGAAGAAUUUAUAUCUAAGUGUUACUGUUGGAACGAAAUAAGUCAUCCGAGCUUGAAGAUGGGUUUAUCAAUUUCGUCCAUUUUUACCCGAUUUUUCGGCAAAAGUUCAGUGAGGAUAUUGAUGGUUGGACUAGACGCUGCAGGAAAAACCACAAUUCUGUACAAACUAAAGCUAGGAGAAAUUGUGACCACCAUUCCCACAAUAGGAUUCAAUGUAGAGACGGUGGAGUACAAGAAUAUCAGUUUUACAGUUUGGGAUGUAGGUGGCCAGGACAAAAUCAGACCACUGUGGAGGCACUACUUCACAAACACACAGGGCCUCAUCUUUGUUGUGGACAGCAAUGACAAAGAAAGAUUAAGUGAUGCAAGUGAGGAACUCAACAAACUAAUGGGUGAGGAUGACUUAAAGGAUGCAGUUGUGCUGGUAUUUGCCAACAAGCAGGAUCUCCCAAAUGCCAUGAGUGUCGAUGAAAUCAGACUAGCACUUUCAAUGAAUACCUUGAAGAAUUCAAAUCAUAUAUUUGCAGCCUGUGCAACACAAGGUACUGGGCUGUACGAGGGAUUAGAUUGGCUAUCAUCAGAGCUUGCGAAAUGAUUCCCCCGUCAUUAUAGACUUAUUCUCCCUACCCGUACAUUCUACAGAAUAUCUCAUGGUGUCUGCUAAUAAAUUCCUGCAUUAGUCCGGCAUUGUUCAGCAACCAGUAUGAAUUUUCUUCAUGCCGUGUUUAUGGAUGUUUGUGUCGCAACUCCUCCAACACCAGAUACUUCCCUAAGAGAUUGUAUAUGACAUCAUCACUCAAGAAAUACGAGCAGGUUGCUAGUGAUAACUCAGCCUUUCUGUUAUGGUACACACUUGAAAGAACUGUUUAGAGUGUACCGUUAGUGUGAAAGAAGAAAGCUGCGACGUGUAAAUUUUCAACAGUUAAUAGUUGUAAAGCAUUUAGAGACGGUAUUCCAUAUUAAGCUCUAUAUAUAUCUUGAUUUAUUGUUUUUGAAUAUUAUUAUAAUUAUUGUUAGUUUAUAUUAUUAUUAGUUUUUAUUAUUAUUAUUAUAACAGUCGACUAUGAAGAUAAAUAAAAUAAAUAACAGGAUUCUGGUAAGUCUAAUGUUAAAGAUCUAAAAAUGUGAGUAUAUUCACCUAAGCAUGGAAAGGCCAGGGUUCUGAAUCCCCUCCAACUCCUGUUCAGUGUAGAAAGUGACAGAACAACAUCACAGAGACAGUUAAAAUAUUAAAGAAAGGCUCUGAGAGAUGUUUUUACUAGUACAUUAUUUAUUGCUCACCAUUUGUCUAGAGGGCUGAAGGAAGAUGUCAUUGAUUUUGAUUAUUUUUUUUUCAAUCCAUACAAAUACAAUGUAAUAUUUCAGUUAUGAAAUGAUCAUCUAUCACUUCUGGCAAGUAUUUGUAUUUUUUGCCGUUAUUGUUUUUUUUCUUCAGUGUAUUUUGAUACAAUAAUAAUGUUGAUUGUAAACGUUGAACGUACAUGUGUCUGAAAUUAUGUGUUUCAGUAAGUUAGCUAUGAACAUACACUUGUACUAGAGUUUAAGACUUUAAAUUCAAAUAAAUUACUGCAUUACUGAGUUUAAGACUUCAAAUUCAAAUAAAUUACUGCAUCUGAUCGACAUUGUAUUUUGCAGCGUAAACUUUUUAAAUCAUUAGCUUGCUGGUGAGGGAGAAACGUGUUAUAUAAUUGUAUAGAUUUAAGCAGAUGAUUUGGCACAAAUUUCUAAUAUUUUCUAUACCACAUGUUAAACAAGUUAUGAUUUAUAUGUUGAAGUUGUUCAGAGUAGGUUAUUUCAUUGUAUUUUUUUCUUCUGCUUACCCUUUGCCAUCCUGCUUGUAUUCCUUUAUUUUAUAUUUGUUUCAUUUGAUUCCGUCAAUUUAGUUCAUUUUUGCAAGAAUAAAAGAUGCAUAGAUCCAAACUUGCUUAAUAGAAAAGGAAAGCAUUUUUCUAAUAGCUUGUGUAAGAAUUCGCUUACCAAGAUUGUUAUGUUUAUGUUUGUAUUUAUAUAUAUAAAAUUAUUACAUUUGCUUAUAUCACUGCAGAGACUCCUCAAAUAAUCCUUAAUAUUGAUUCUUUGGGGGAAAUAUAGGUGAGUAAUAUGUUUUAGCCAGAGAGAAGACCUGAAUGUUCUUGUGAUAUUGCGAGAUGCAUACAUGAGAGUCAUGGACAACUUUCAAUGCCAAACUUGUGUAGUUUUACAUUGGACUUUCUGUUUGUCUUUUUUAAUGACUACCAUUACAAAUUUCUUUUGUGUUUAUAAGAGACCAAUAAAUGCAUCUAUCUAUCUGCUAAAUGAAAAUUGUGACAUUUAUACCUUUUGCAUCAGCAAACAUAAUAUUAAAAAAAUAGAGAUUUGCAUUUCAAGCUACCAUAAGAUACCAUUAUGUCAAUGCAUUGUAAUGCAUAGAAUAUUUGAGCACAGCUGUUUGAAUUAAUUUGUUUACUCUGUAUGGUACUGGUUGUUCUGAUUAACAUUUUGCCUAAUGUGUCAACAAUGUGAUGACUUUCACAGAGGGACAAUAUAUUUAAGUCCUCUGCUCAGAGCCAGAGGAUCAGUAAUUCUUAUUGAAGAAAGAAUAAAUGCCCUUCCAACACUGAACAGAUUAGUGACGUUUUAUCCCACUUAUUGGGAAAUGAAAUUCAGUUUGUCUCGGUCAGUCAUGCAUUCCAGUCUGAAGAUAUCACAUUGCUGUGCAGCUGAACCCGAUUUCUAUGUACAGUGCCAGAAGAAUUCUCACUCUUUAACUUACUUUCGUGAUUACUCGGAUUGUUGCGGAUGUUCAUGAACAAUGUAGUCUGGGUUUACUAUUCUCUCAUGAGAGUGGGCAAGACAUAUAUAUUGUAUGUCUUUUGUAAUAUUGUGUAUAUCCACUGUAGAUACGUCGGGAAGUGAAAACAAGAAGGGUUUAGGGAAUUACUUGACAUUUAUAAGUUAGACAAUUUACUAGUGUACAUAGUCUAGAAUAGUGCAGAGGAGGAUACAGGUCUGUCUGAAGGGGGAGGGGGUUGUAACUUGUACCUGACGUUUAAUUUUCCAAGAAAUUGAAUUUAAGAGUCCUGUCAGAUUUCUCCAGGAUUUUUCAAAUGGUUGGGGGGGGGGGGGGGGGGAGGAGAAAAUUACAUCGAUGAGUAAGAAAACAAUUUUUCAGGUAAUUUUCCUUGCAAGAAUUCCCUGCCUUCCCAGUGGUUUGAAAGAAGGGGUAGAGGCUGUGGGACAUCCUACCACUAACGGCUUGUUCACAUGUUGCUUUGGUAAACCUUGGUGGCGUUUUGUGUGCGUACUAAGUGCCUGGCUAUUGGGGAUGAAAAAAGUAGCGACGGGUAACGAAAGUCCUACACAUACUCACUCAUCUGUGUUUUAUAAGAUACAUAAACUGUGAGGUGCAAUACGCUUAAUAUGUAUGCUUAAAACCCUCCAUAGUUUACAGUGGCACUCGUGAGCAAGCCUCCCCCCCCCCCCCCCCCUUUCAUUUGUUGCUCUUUUGUAAUCUUUCAUUUACUCCAUUUGUAUGUUUGGUCAUGGAUAUUUCGGAAAGAAAAUAGCUCUUCAGCCACGAGAAAUGAUCGACCUCUGAGAUUGUGUUCCUAAUAUCUUUGAUUGGGGCUGUAUCCUGUAUGUGUUCUGGACAUCCAAAAUGUUGAGGAAGGGCAAGAGCUAUUUACUAAUUUUACAUGUAGUUUUUUCCUUACAGUGGAUAAAAGGUAUUGAUUGUAACAAUGUAUAAUGAUUAAUAAACAUAAUAAAUACAAAUUUCUUCAUGUAA